AUGCAAGACGGCAACAGUACUUCCUGCACCAAAGAAGAUGCUACUCCGGACAAACCCAAUGCCAAUGCUACUCGUCAAGUCCAUCCUGACAAGCUCGUGUACCGGUGCGACAACAACAACGUGCAAGAGCGAAUUCCCAACCGUGGAAAGCUACCUUUUGAUGACUGCAUGAAGGAACCAUGUUACGACCAUGGAAAGCCAACAACUGCCUCCAUCACCUGCAAGGAGACACUUUUACCACAUGCCAACUACCACAGAAAGACGACAAUCAUCGCCUACAAGGAGAUUCCGGUGCUGACCACUGACUCCUACAUCAGUGACACGAACAACCCCAUUUUGGCCAUCAACGAUGCUGCCCACAGUGACAUCAUUGCCGACGACCACGAGCAACCUUCGGUCGACAACAACAAGAAGAAGAGCUCCCAACACCCAUUUCAACGAUGUGGAACCACCAUGCUUGAAGGCAUGCUGGCCAUCGGCGCCUACAACUUGAAAGAACCACUUUCUGGCCGUGGAGCAAUGGCAACUGCCUCCUCCACGGAGCCCAUCUUCAAUCUCUUUGGCUCCAAUUCCGACAACAACCUUCUCCUCUUUGGAGCCAACACAAUGAAAAUAGGGGAGCCAACAUUCCCCCUCACCACCAAUGACAAGAUUGCCAUCCUCUUGUCCUCCCACAAGCCACCUUCUACCUUCUUUUGGCCACUCUUCCAUGCUGACAUGUGGGAGAUAGGGGAGCAACCUCCUCAAAACCAGGGGAGCAAACAACUCUCUUCCCUCACAGUCAAUCAUUAG